AUGAUAAAUGAAUGGAACUCUCGUACAUCAAUUUCUCAGUUAAGUAGUCAAUGGAAAAAAGUUCGAUCCCUCUAUACCAAACAGAAUUUACUUCUUUUAUUGUACAAUGUUGAAGGACUGAAUACUCAUGUUGCGGAUGUUGAUUCGUUAUUGUCCACUUAUCAUCCUCAUGUUUGCAUACUGACUGGAGUUGGAACGGCUGUUAAUAAAAAUAUUAUUUUUCCUAAUUAUAAUACAAUAGCACAAGCUGGAACGAAUGCGUAUGGUGGUGUAAUGAUACUGUAUCAACAUUAUAUAAAAUGUAAAAUAAUAGAGAAAACUCUUAAAUUCAUUAUAAUCGAAUUACUCUUGUCUCCAAAUCCAAUAUAUAUUGGUGCUAUUUAUGUCCCUCCUAGUUCUCUUCCCCCCUUUCAAUUAAUAUCCAAAUACCAAAGUAAACCUUUUUAUCUCUUUGGUGACUAUAAUGCUAAGCAUACUAAUUGGAAAUGUAAAAGAAAUAACACAAGCGGAGUUCAAUUACAGAACUGGUUGGAAACAGCUGGAAAUGAAAUGAUAACUCCAACUAAAUCAACAUCGAGACGAUCCGAAUCGAUAAUUGAUUUUGGAAUAACGCACGAUGCAUCUGGUUGGGCUUCUGAAGUAUUAAAUGACGGUACAUCCGACCACUUUCCCAUUUUGUUUCAAUCCCCAUUAGCAAUUGGUGAAGGUUCAUUGUUUAGAAAAACUAAUAGGAAGAUAUUCAAAUAUUUUCUUAUUGUUAUCAGCGAAUACUGGAGGUCAAUGGUUUAUAAUCUCGACGAACAAACCUUCUUCUCUCUUUUUCCAUUAUUUCUAUCAUCUCUAUGGGAUCGCUGUAGUACAUACGAAGACACGACAAAAUAUCGUCCUCCUUGGCCAUCUGAAUUAGUUCUUCUAGCAAAAUCAGUAAACAAAGCUAGACGUGCUUAUAGAAGAAAUAAAACGAAAAAUAAACUUGAUUAUUAUUUAUCUUUAAGGGAAAUAUUUAUGGAUAAGAGAACUCAUUUCUUACAAUCAAAAAAAGAACAAAAAAUGAAUUGGGUAACUCAUGGAAAUAAUAUAUGGAAAUUUGUUAAACCCUCUUUUCAUUCAUUUACUCCCCCUUUUAGAGGAAUUACAUCAGGAAAUAAUAAAAUAACAGACAAAGAAGAAAUUGUUGGUAUUCUAGCAAACUACUUCGAAAAUCAUUUCGCAGAACCCAAAUUCGACGAUAACAAUAAUGAACACUUACAAGCAAUAGAGAAAUUUAAACAAAUUGAAUAUGCACCUAGUAUUCCUUUAGAACAAAUUACGAUGAACGAAGUCCUAAAAGAAUGGAAAAAAUUUAAAUCAAAAAAAUCAAGUGAUAGUAGUGGAACCUCUGCCCCCGGUCGUCCUGUUCAACAAUUUAUUGAUGAAUUAGAUGCUCUUCUUCAAAAUCUUCAUAAUUCAAUUCCCUCUAUUACAUACAAUCGUAAAAUUAAUCAAACAAUAAAUCAAAAUAUUCCAGAUCAUCUUAUUGGUUCAAGUCAAUCUCAAACAAUAAGUCGAUCAAUUCAUAAAAAGAAGAAAAAUUAUCAUCGGCUAAUUAAAAGAUUGAAACAUAAAUUUCGAUUAACCAAUACAGUCAUAAGAAAGACCGAUAAAUCUAAAGUAUUUCAUAUAGGUAAAGUUGAUGAUUAUCAAAAAAAGUCAAAUGAAUAUAUGAUUAGAACCAAUGCUUACAAAUGUCUUGGUACUAAUGAUCCUUUACCUGAUCUUAUUCAACGUACUAAUAAAUAUUUACUUGAUUUACGUCUGGCGAAAUGGAUUACACAAAAACAAUAUGAGCAAUUAUGUAUUAAAACAGAUGAAGUUGAAUUAGCUCAUCUUUAUUAUUUACCAAAAGCUCAUAAAUUACGAACUCCACUUCGACCAAUUAUUUCAGGUCUUAAACAUCCAACAAUUAAAAUCUCCAAGUUUCUUGAUGAUUUACUACGACCUUUAUUCGAUAAAAUGGCAGUAAAUACCACUGUUAUGUCUGGAUUUGAAUUAAUUAAAAAACUGCUGCAGUGGUCAAAGUUUAAUAUGAAACAAGAAACCUUAUUAUGUACAAUAGAUGUUACUGACCUGUACACCAUGAUUCCACAAAUUGAAGGAGUGUUAACAUUAAAAAAGAUGCUAGACUUUCUUCAAAUCAACAAAAUCAAAGAUUUAAAAGUUGAAGCUAUUAUACGUCUAGCCAGAUUUGUAAUGCAAAACAAUUAUUUUAAAUAUGAUGGCCAAUAUUAUCAUCAAGUACGAGAAGGAGCGAUGGGAUCUCCACUAACAUUAACAAUUGCCAACUGUUAUAUGUUUUUCUAUCAAUUUGAUAUCGUUAGACAGAUUAGCAAUAGUAGCGGCCUAUAUUUCCGUUUUAUUGAUGAUAUAUUUAUUGUUAUUAAUUGGCCUGAACGUCAUUUCUUAAAACAGAUCGAUCGAUGGAAUAAAUUUGAUGAAAAUAUCCAGUUAUCAGCUCAUGUUAAUUCAUAUGCUGAUUUUCUAGAUGUACAUAUAGAGAAUAAAGAUGGUCAAUUAUUUACUACUGUUUAUCAUAAACCAUCUUAUGAACCAUACUAUUUGCCAUUCAAUAGCAUUCACCCUAUUCAUAUGAAAAAGAACAUACCAUUUGCUAUGCUACUUCGUGCAAUUCGAUAUUGUUCUACAUUUGAAGCUUAUUUAAAAGAAAAAAGUACAUUGAGAAUGGCUUUAAUAUUAAAUAAAUAUCCAGGUAAAUUCAUCGAUCAACAAUUUAAAAAAGUUUUUUUGAAAUUUCAAAUUAAUGAACCAUUGACAAAAAAUAAUUAUAAUACAUUACGUCAAAAAGUCAUUGAUACACAAUAUUCUGACAAGAUACCAGUCGAUCAUACUCGUACAAUGUUUAUUCAUUUUACGUAUUGUACAAGUAUGAAAGCAUUUCCUAAGAAGUUUCAUGCUUUAUGGAAUAAAUACUUCGCUGAAUCUCCUAUCAAUGAAAUUGCUUCAGUUCUUGGUACACGUAAUGUCGAUAAUCUGCAACGACGGUUAGUCUAUACUCGUCAAUAUUGA